CGCCGGAUCGGCGCGCCUCGCGGUCGACGCGCUCCUACUCUCCCCCGCGUCGCGAGGUGUGUCCUGGGCACCGGUACCGCCGUCAAGGCCAUCGCCGCCGACGUUUUCGUCUCGACCCUCCGGAGUGCGUUUCAAGGCCUCCCGAGGGGGGACGACUCCCAGAGGCCGCGUUCCACGAGUUUCGAGGACCGACCUGGGCGAAUCUAACAGGUGUAGGUGAAUUUAGUUCCGCGGGAGAGAGAUUCUCGGAUCUGGUGUAAACAUCGAGGACUGCCAGCGAGACGGGGCUCUGAACGAAGAGCAGGGACAUGACCUAGGGGUGAGGGGUUGUCCAUCCCUGGCAGAGGUCGCGGGGCGACUGAGCGCUCCCCUCGGCGGGGUCGCGGAAAAACCCCCGCGGGCCGCCCGCGGGUUUUCCCGGGUGAGCGCCAGGCGCAGCGCCGCCGGCGGUGUUGUCGCGAUUUCGGCCCGGACCCCGAGGGACCGCCGAGUCCCGGGGCCCGGUCAGUCGGCGCGCGGCCACGCGCGACCGCGCCUCGCCCAGUGUGUACGCGUCCACGGGCCCCAGGAGUUUCUAGGACCCCCAGGAUCGCCCAGGGACCCCCUGGAUCCCCAUCGGCCCGCUCGGCGAGGCACCCACGUACCCUCUCUUGGAUGGAUACCGUGCAUUACUUCUGGAGUGCACCCACGUCGCCGUCAUCCUGACCUGCCCGAGAAAUCCUCAUGAAAGACUGGGAACUCAGUACUCAGAAUAGCAUCGGCAGUGCGGUGGCUGCAGCCGACACCAUUUCCUCGCCGUGGACCCCCGCGAGUUCCGGGCCGCCGCCCGACGCCAACGGCUCCGGCUCGGAUACGAAGAACCUCGACGUUGGCGAAAUCAGCGAUGACGAGAAGGACCUGUCGGCGGCGGAUGCCGAAGGCGUCUGGUCGCCGGACAUCGAGCAGAGCUUCCAGGAAGCUCUCACGAUCUAUCCGCCAUGCGGUCGUCGCAAGAUCAUCCUCUCGGACGAGGGGAAGAUGUACGGCCGCAACGAGCUGAUCGCCCGCUACAUCAAGCUAAGGACCGGGAAGACGAGAACGCGGAAGCAGGUGUCCUCACACAUCCAGGUCCUGGCGAGAAGAAAGCUCCGGGAAAUCCAGGCGAAGCUCAAAGUGGAUCAUGCCGCCAAGGAGAAGGCGCUGCAGACUAUGUCGAGCAUGUCGAGUGCCCAGAUAGUGUCUGCCGGAAGUGCGAUACACAACAAGAUGCCCCCUGCUCUCGUGGGGCCCCUAGCCCUUCACGCUUCCAACCCCGUCUCCUAUCCCGGAGCGCAAUUCUGGCAGCCGGGCCUGCAGCCGGGAACCUCGCAGGAUGUCAAGCCGUUCCCGCAACCGGCUUACACCGGGAAACCGGCCACCGCGGUGUCCAGCGGAGACAUGGUCCAGGCGCAGCCUCCGCCACCCUGGGAGGGAAGAGCCAUCGCGACGCACAAACUCAGGCUCGUCGAGUUCUCGGCCUAUAUGGAUCAACAGAGAGACCAGGACAUCUACCACAAACACCUGUUCGUCCACAUAGGUGGGUCCGCGACGUACGCAGACCCUCUCCUGGAGGCUGUGGACGUGAGGCAGAUCUACGACAAGUUUCCGGAGAAAAAGGGCGGCCUGAAGGAGCUUUACGACAAGGGCCCUCAGGCCGCCUUCUUCCUGGUCAAGUUCUGGGCGGAUCUCAACACUAACAUCCAGGACGAGGCCAGGGCCUUCUACGGCGUGACCAGCCAGUACGAGAGCAACGAGAACAUGACGAUAACGUGUUCGACGAAGGUGUGCUCGUUCGGCAAGCAGGUGGUGGAGAAGGUGGAAACGGAGUACGCCAGGUUCGAGAACGGCAGGUUCGUCUACCGCAUCAGCCGCUCGCCGAUGUGCGAGUACAUGAUCAACUUCAUUCACAAGCUGAAGCACCUGCCCGAGAAGUACAUGAUGAACAGCGUCCUAGAGAACUUCACCAUCCUCCAGGUUGUCACGAACAGGGACACGCAGGAGACGUUACUGUGUACGGCAUACGUGUUCGAGGUGUCGACGUCCGAACACGGAGCCCAGCACCACAUAUACAGACUCGUCAAGGACUAGCCUGUCUAAGUCUCCUGCUCGCCGUGCAGCCAUCCACCCCCAUCAGUGCCUACCACCACACGACUCAUCCAUAUUCUACGCGUAUAUACACACAUACAUACAUACAUCGUGCAUGAGACAGAGACAUACAGGAGCAUAGGAGCGUGCGCGGGUCCUCGCGCUGGCAGGAUACAUGCGCAGGUGCAUGCGCAGGUGGAGUUGCGCGCGAGGACGCGCAACGCCGCGCACGCGGAGACCGGGCGAGCGCAAAGUCGGGCUCGAUUAGCUUUUAAUUCACUUUUAAUCCACUUUUAAUCCACCGACGCGGUUUUUAAUUGAUCCGUCCUCUCGCGUCCGCGUUAAGGUGGCAUAAAAGUGGCACCCGAGAAGUCAGUUCGUUAAACUAUCCUCCGAGCUGGGCAUAUCGGAUCUCUUAAGGCCUCACUAAGUGAACAUAGAGAGUAUAAGGAAGGUCCUUACGCCCAUGAAAUUACAAUUUUUUAUGAAUAUCUGUAGACAAAUUUUUUUUUUCUUCAAAUUUGAGGCCUCACGGGUGUCAGGACAUUUCUUACAGCCUCCAUAUUUGAGUAGGAAAAUUUUAUACGAUUCGACACACCUAAUUCAGAGGAAAGUUUCAUGAACGAGUCCUCUUUCCCGCCACUUUCGUAUCGCCUUAAAGGGUUUUCGAAAUCGGGACUGCUGUCCCGCGCGUCUUCCUGCCUGGAAGAGUUAGUGGAAUUCAUGUUUCGCUGUUUCUUUUUCUUUUUUCUUUUUUUCUAAUUUUAUACACGCGUUCGAAUGAUCCUAAUUCGACGAGCACGUCCAGUGGCGAUCUGGGAACUCGCCGGGAUUUUAGGUAUAUUUUAUAUUCGAUACGUUUCGCGGCAAUAAAUUCGUGGCAAUCGUUGACACAGUCCGCGGGGGGUCUCCGGCCUGUCGGGCGCUUCGCUUUGAGACGGCACUUUUCCCCUGGCAAAGGAGCAUGGAUCGGCUGUUUCCCUGCGUCGUUACCCCGACUUUGUCGAGAUUUUGUGACGCCCAGGGUCGGGAUAAGGGAAUUCUCCCUCGGGAUAAAGCGGCUCUCCUCCGUUUCCGCGAUCCGCGUGCGCGUUGACAUGGACACACCUCGGUACCAGUCGAGCCGAGCUCGAUUAGGAUCCGAAACUUGGACCGAAAAGAUCCCCCUAAUAUGAAAAAGAGCCUAACAAGAUGUUCAAAGAACUCCAAAAAGAUUCUACGGAAAAAAAAGAAAAAGAAGAAUAUAUACAAAAUGAGAAACCGCAAACCUCGGCUCGGCGCGGUACCGGACAUUAUUAACUUAGUAUUAUAGUUUUAUUAUUAAACUAGCCGGUAGGUCAUACGAGACAGCUACACCCACACCCACGACACACAGAUAUACAUAUAUUACGGAUAAGAGUAUAUGUUAAAUAUUAAUGCAAUGAUUACGAUUUACAUUGUUAUAAAUGAUCGUGUAUAAAGCUAUCUAAGUGAUCUUAAGUUUUAACCGCGACGAGGGCUAUAAGCGAGAGGGAGGGAGGGGCCGCGUGCCGUAAAUUAGCAGGUGACGAUCCCCCUGGUUUGUCAUUAUUUUUCUAUUAUCAAGGGCAAGGAAGGGUUGGGGGAAAGGGAGGAAAAGUAAAUAAGAAGAGGCAAAGCCGAGCGCUUCGUCGCGGGGUCGGCGUCGCCAUCUUGGAUAUUCUCCCCUCCCCUGUAAAGGGCCUUUUUACCGCCGUUAUCUUUUUAUUAAUCAACUUCGACCUCUCCCAGGACGCGAUCCAUUUAAUCGCGGAUCGAUCGGUCGACCGCGGCCCAUUUUGCGACACUUUUACACGUUACGACGCCCUCCUUCCUAUAUAUUUCUUCUUCUUUUUUUCCUGUUCUCAAGGCGACGUAGGGAGUAGCAAAGGGACGCGUUUGUACUUCUUGUAACCACCCUUUACUUUGUACUCCGUUUGUAAGACUUCCACCUCUUUUUCUCACUUUCUCCCAUUUCUUUUCUUUUUUUCUUCUUUUUUUCCCCUAUAGUUCUUACGCGAAUGACUUCCCUACUUAGCCGUAUGCUGCGUUUGCUUUUUAUAUCCUUAUCCGGCGUUCUCUAAACUCCUGGACGACGUCGGCUUCCUCCGGCCUUUUCUUUCUCCAUUUUCUUUUAUAUCUAUAUCUAUACAUAUAUGUAUACAUACAAGUACGCUAAGGAGAACUCGGAAGAGAUUUUUUACGAGAGCUUCGGCGCCGCGUCUCGAGGUUCCCCGAUUUCACCCACGAUUUUCCUUAGAUAUUAUUUUUUUCACCUCGAGCCGAUCGCCACGUAGAAAAUUCCGAUAACGUCGUUUUUCCCUUCGUUUCGAGAUAAAGGAUGCCCCAAAAAGUGGGGCGCUAUUUUUGCGACUGGCUUAAGAAAUGAAAGAAAUACUCGAGAGAAAUUAUUCGCGGACCUUCCCCAACACGUGGCGGCGGCUCUUCCUCGCGAGAAUCCAAGUGUCGUGGUUUGCGAUCUUCAUUUCUUUCUUUCUUUCUUUUUUUUUUUCUCAUCAUGGAAAGAAAAAUAUAUAUACAAAUAUAAAUAUAUAUACAAUACAUAUACACACGCGAACGCGGCGGCGCAACACAGCGAAGGAGAAGUAUCUUUUCGAAGUGCUCCUUGUUUCCUCUAUACGCGUUAUUUUCGUUUGUUUUUUUUUCCCCUCACUUUUUCUUCAUCAUUUGUUUUUAUUUCUCUCUCGUUCUCUUUUUUUUUUUACUCCGUUUCGCUGAACUUGCCUAUCCGAGAGCAGUAGAACGUGACUAACACGACCGAAGGAACUACACACCUACGUCUAAGGCUACGUUAAUAUUAUUAAUUUUACCGAUAAUCGUUACUUUUAAUUAACGUUUACGAAACAAGUGGCAAUGUAUUUUGAUCUCUCUCUUUUAGUCAGAAAUAUGUCCUCAGCUUUUCACGCGUUUUAUUUGUCUAUCUCUUUAGAUUUUCUAUCUUCUACGUUCUCGUGCCUGUCUCCUCUCUCUUAAACGAUUCGUUAAUUCAGGCCGAGAGGGACGAAUUCAGCUCAGAGAGAGAGAGAGAGAGAGUGAGAGAGGGAAGGAGAAGUCGAUCGAGUGCGAGCGAGACAUUGGUGCGAUCGACGGACGAAUUUCCAUUCGCAAAUUGGCAGCUUCUGUACUUCCUAGUUAUUGAUUGUUAUCGGACAAGUCCGCAUUUAGGGUCUACUUUAUAUGUACGAUUAUCCUUUUUCUUUGUUUUAAGGCGAUGCGAAAGUGGCGUUGGAGGUCUCCUUUAUUUAAUUUACCAUUCUCCAAACUGGAU